AUGGCGGAGAGCAGAAGGUUUGCUGGGCAGCCCAAAGCGGAGUGGUUACAGCUGAGGAGAGAGAUGGAGGUCCUAACAGACCUGUGGCUUACUCAAGCCCUAAAAUCUCUGGCUCUCAUCAACUCCAGGCCAAACUGUGUGAAUGUGUUAGUGACUACUACCCAGCUCAUCCCAGCCCUGUCUAAGGUCUUACUGUACGGCCUGGGCUCGGCUUUCCCCAUAGAGAACAUUUACAGCGCCACCAAGACAGGCAAAGAAAGCUGCUUCGAGCGUGUUUCUCAGCGGUUUGGUCGGCGAGCAGUGUAUGUCGUCAUUGGAGACGGAGCUGAGGAAGAGACCGUGGCUAAGAAGAAAAACAUGCCUUUCUGGAGAGUGUCCUGUCGGGCCGAUCUGGAAGCCCUGAGCCAUGCACUGGAGCUGGAUUACCUCUAGAAGGCGCCAACUGUCAUGUUUUGCUCAAAAGCCCAAAUUCUGAGGUGCUCCUGUGUUCCUGAGUCAGCAAAGCUGCCCUAAGAGACUGAUCCAGAGUCAGGAUUGGUAUGCUGAGGUCGGGCACAUCUGAUUUCUCACUCGGCUCUCAAACAGGACUGUGAUGAAAAACGAGGCUGCGGCGUCAUAAACGUGAACGUGAAGCCAAAAGUACUGGACCAAAAAAA